UUAUAUGUCUCCGGAUCCGCUCCAAACACACAAGGACAGAACAGUUCGCUGAAUUCCAUCCGCACGCACGUGUCCUCUUUCCACCCGUUCCAUCCACACAUAGUUGUUAUCAGGCCUGGAGUGUAGAAUGAAGGAAAACCACUACUCACAUAUCCACACAAGCGCAUUCUGGACCAAUGAACCAAAGGAGCUUGUGUUCUGGUAGGAAGCAAGAGAGCAAGAUUGAUUGACCCUGCCGAGGCACUCCUUCCCCUCCCCUGCCACAUUCGGAAGCACGCCCUGCAACGCUGUUUGCCUUUGGAUCGAGAUCGUAGCCUCAUGCAUGCCCGGUGUCCAUCAACAAGAAAAGAUUGAGUGAGCCAUGGAUAUAGCCAUGAGGACAAUGGGCUCCCUCCUUCUCAAACUGGGUGAGGUUAUCAAGGAUGAUUACAAGCUACAGAAGGGAGUCAAGAAAAAGGUCAAGUCCUUCUCUGCCGAACUGGAUAUUAAGGUUAUGCGCGCUGCCCUUGGCAAGGUGGCAGACAUGCCGCGGGAUGAGCUCGAUGAGCGGGUCAAGCUUUGGGCUGCCGAUGUGAGGGAGCUGUCUUACGACAUGGAGGAUGUCGUCGACUCUCUCCUGGUGCGUGUUGAGGGCAGUGACCCCAAUACUGAUCAGUCCAACUUCAAGAAGCUCAUGCCCAAGAUGCUAAACGUGUUUAAAAAGGGCAAGGCUCGCCGUGAGAUUUCCGCAGCAGUCGAAGAAAUCCAUGAGCGGUUGCAAGAUGUGACCAGACGACAUGAAAGGUAUAAUCUUCCUAAUCUACCUGCAGCAAAAAGGACCACCACUGACCCUUUCUGGGAGGUUCUCUAUGGAGAUAAGAAGAAUAUCAUCGGCCUAGAGAAAGCAAGGGGAUAUUAUCAAGAAGAUCAGUGACGGCGACCGUGUGUCCAAUGAGCAACUUAAGACACUCUCUAUUGUUGGAUUUGGAGGACUGGGCAAGACUACCCUUGACAGAGAAGUAUAUGAUGCCCUUCCAACAAAAUUUUAUUACAAAGCUUUUGUGUCAGUGUCUCAGAAUCCUUACAUGAAGAAAGUAUUAAGCAAUCUUCUCUUUAAACUUGAUAACAGAAGACAUGCUAGACUGAAUGCAGCAAGCUUGGAUGUAGGACAACUCAUCGACCUAGUCCGAGAAUUGCUUAGCAAGAAAAGGUACUUUAUCAUUAUCGAUGAUCUAUGGGAUAAAGAGGCAUGGAAAACAAUCAGAUAUGUACUUCAGGACGAUAAGUGUGGAAGUAUAAUAAUUACUACAACCCGCCAUGUCAAGAUCUCUGAAGAAUGUUCCUCUUCUAAAUAGGAUAUGAUUCAUCAGAUGAAAUGUCUCUCUUAUGAUGAUGCCCAGAAACUUUUCUAUGGAAGAAUAUUUUCAAGUGAGGUGUGUCAUUCUGGAUUCGAGAACGUAUCUGCAAAGAUCUUGAAGAAGUGUGCCGGGGUACCAUUAGCCAUCAUCAGUCUGGCAAGUUAUUUGGCUAAUAAUCAGAAGAACAACCAAAUUGUUCAAUGGUAUGUUUUGCUGAACUCUAUUGGCCGUGGACUUGAAAAAGGUGAUGAUCACGUAAAGGAGAUGAAGAGGAUAUUGUCAGUGAGCUUUUAUGCCCUCCCUUCUCAUUUGAAGACUUGCUUUUUUAUAUCUAAGUAUCUUUCCAGAAGAUCAUCAAAUUAGCAGAGAUCGGUUGAUAAGAAGAUGGAUUUGUGAAGGUUUUAUCCAAGUAAAAGAUGAAACUGAUAGCAUGCUUGAGCUUGGAGAUAGCUACUUCAACGAGCUAGUAAACAGAAACAUGAUCAUGCCGAUAAACAUACAUGCUGAUGGUAGGGUUGAAGCUUGUUGCGUACAUGAUAUCAUGCUCGAUCUUAUAUUUGAAUUAGCAAGUGGAGAAAACUUUGUUACUAUACUGGAUGUUAUCAAGGGAGGCACACCUUUGGAAAAGAAGUUCCGCAGAUUGUCCCUCCAGAAGAGCAUGACAGAUCUCACCAAUGCUCAGAUAGCUACCACAAGCAUGUCACAAGUGAGGUCUUUUACGGCUUUUAGUCCUGCUGUUAGUAAGAUCCCCCCUCUCUAUAUAUUUCAAGUUUUGCGUGUAUUGGAUCUGGAAGGUUGCGAUCUUUGAAAAAGCCCUGGCAUUGAUCUUAGGCAUGUUGAGAAGUUGUUACAUUUGAGAUACCUAGGGUUAAGAGGCACAAAGGUUGGGAAGCUCCCGAUGGAAAUACGAAAGCUACAGUUUUUGCAGACACUAGACUUGCAAUGGACCAAUUCAAAAGAAUUGCCGUCCAGUGUUGCUCAGUUGAGGCAUUUGAUGUGCCUUAUCCUUGAUUUAGGUAUGCCACUACCAAACGGGUUCAGCAACCUGACAUGCCUUGAACAGCUGACGGGACAUGGAGAGGGCAUUUUUACUGCAGACAACGCAAAAGAACUGGGCUGUCUGAUCAAGCUAAGGGAGCUCGCCUUCAUCUGGAAUGGAUGGAGUCGUCCGGACGAUCUGACAACGGUUAAAGCUUUGUUUGAGUCCCUAAGCAACAUGCAAAAAUUCGAGAGUCUAGAGAUCUCCGAUGUUGAUUCUUGGGUUUUUCAACUUAUGCUGAAGCUGGAUUGGGUGCCGCCUCCAAACCUCCGCAGGCUUAAAUUAGUAGGAGUUUUCUGGAACUUGCCUACAUGGAUUUGUUCUUCGUUGCUUCCCCUACUUUCCCACCUUGAUCUAACAACUAACAGGAAAGUGCAAUCCGGAGAUAUUCAGAUCCUUGGAAUGCUGCCGGCUCUCCAGUAUGUCACCUUGAGGGUAGGAGGCCUCAAUGUACACGAUUUAUUGGAAAAUUUGGUGAUUAGCGCCGGUGCCUUCCCCAGCUUGAGAGUGUGCCUUUUCCAAAAUAUUUUAUUGAUGCCCCCUACAUUCCAACCAGGAGCUAUGCCAAUGGUUCAACGCCUUCGGUUCGGUCUCCGAGUGAGUGACGUCCUCAGUCCUGACUUCGAUUUGAGCAUAAGGAACCUUCCUUCGCUCAAGCAACUCAGAAUUGACCUUUUCAAUAAUGGAGCCGGACCUGGGGAUUAUUCUCAAGCCGUGGACAUGCUGAGGCAUUUGGCAGAUGACCAUCCCAAAAAUCCCACCCUUCGUGCUGAUAAAUUCAUCCGGGAGAGGCUGAGUCGAGUCGAGCCGAGCGAUGAACAAAAUCAUGCGUCCUCAAGCUACCAGGAGGUGAUUCCAUCGGCAUCGACUCUCUAUCGUGCAAGCCUCCAUCUUCCAACCACGUAUGCAUGUUCAAUUCAGGUUUCUUCUGUGUCGUCGAGUGCAACUUCUGUGUGCUUUCGCAUGUACUGUUUAUUUGGUGAACCAUCUAAUUUGCUCAGUGUGUAAGAAGGCGAGUUGGUGGUGUGCCAGGUUUUUUGUCCCUUAGGUUAUGGUCCCAGCCAAUGUAACUAGAGGGUUUUCCUGGUGUGCAUCGAACUCAGCGAACCUAUUUCCCUUUCUAUUGUUGUGUUGAAUACUGUCUACAUUCUUGUAAGAUAAAAUUGCGUGAUCUUCUAUUAUGUUCUCGCUUUCUUCGGUUAAGGAACCAUUACAUUUCUAAGGUCC